GCUUCUUCUUUGUCAAAAAUGCCCGACAAAACAAGGACGACGGAAUAAAAUAUUCGCGAAUUUCUCGUAAGAGAUCUACAAAGCUGUAACUUGACAGAAAUUCUCCAUUUUACUGUUUAUUUUAAACCGUGGAUUGGAAGAGAAUCUGUAAUACAGAUCAUCUGAAGAUAAGAUAAGAUGCCGAGACGAAAGAGUGCACGAGCAAAAGCUGAAGCUGCAAAGAAAGUGGCACCUUUAGCUCCACCCCCCCAAAAGGCUUCAACUUCUACGAGGGGAAACGUCGUCGCGCCGCCACCGCCGCCGCCAGGAAGGAAAUCUGCACGGACCAAGACGGCGGUGGCUUCCGCAACAUUUUUCGACUUACCACCACCACCCACUCCAAGGAUUCGUUACGACGAAGAAGACGACGAAGGUGCCACAGCUCAUCUCCCACCACCGGUCGAACCACUCCCAGAAGUCAGCGGGAGCAGUGAUGGCGGUAGUGAGAAAAAUACCAGCACGAGCAGUGAAGGAAAGUCUGGCGAUGAUGAUGUCGAGGAGGAGGAAUCUGAAGAGGUUGGAGCUGGUCCAGCGCAAUUAGUAGAUCUUGAAGCUGGCGACGAUGAUGAUGAUGAUGACGAUGUAGAGGAAGAAGGAGGUACAGCUCCUGUUACGCCGAAACCAAGAAAGACUGCUGCCCAGGAGGCUGAACUGAUCAAGCAACAAGCCAUCCCACGCCCCGUCAUGAUAUCGCACUCUGGGGCCAAAAGCAAGAUAAAUAUUCUCUCUGGGGUGACAAUGACGAUUGAUGAAAUGGUGCACAACUGCGUAUACUAUUUUAUCAUGAGCCAGCACAAGAAGCAUCCUGUUAAGAGGUCGGAUCUCCUGAAGAAUUGUAUGAAUGGACAGAAGAAGGAUUACAACGCCGUCAUGGCCAAAUUCGAAACAGUUCUUGCCGACAACUUUGGAAUGAAGAUUAUUGGAUUGGACAAGGGCAAGUCGGGCUUUGCGACUUACAUGAUUGUCAGCAAUUAUGUGAACGAUGUAGCAGAAACGGUCACCGUGCGAACUCCGGAACAAUAUGCGAAGCGAGCGGCACUCUUUUUGACACUGACUAUUAUGUUCAUGCUGAACAAACCGAUGGACGAAGAGUCUAUUUGGAAUCUCAUUGAGGAGUUUGAGUUGCAAAAAAUGUUGUGCAACAAGAAAGAGGAUUUUGCAAAAUUUCUGAAAUCGGAAUAUGUCCUCCCGAUGUAUUUUUCGGCCGAAGAAGUUCACGAUGCUGAUAAUGUUGGAUAUAAGUACUUCUGGGGGCAGCGUGCUGAACAUGAAAUAAGCAAGUGGGCAAUUUUGAAGUUUGUUGCAAAACAAUUUCCCGACAUGAGACCCGAGGAUUUCGAAUUUCAACUCCAGUUAGCCAAAGAAAAAGAGAAGGACUUGAUUGAGGCGGAGAUAGCUGCGCGUGACGCUGCUGUUGUCGAUCCGGCAUCUGGAAAAAAUGGAUCCGCAUUGAAAAUUGGGGAAGGACCUGAUGCUCAACUUGCUAUUGAAGGAAUUCAAGAUGCUGGAGCUAUGUCGCAAGCCGAGGAAAUUGAGGAUGAUGAUGACAAUGAGGCUGAAGCUGACUCAGACGAAGGAGGCGAGGAGGGAAAGAAGCAGAAACAGGGUAAAAAGAAGGGUAAAGGAGGGGACGAGAAUGAGGAGGAAUCUGGGUCCGGAAGUGGGGAGGCAGAGGGGAGCGGAAGUGAUGAGAGCAGUGGAGAGGGGAGUGGUGGAAAAGGUGCCGAAGAGGAAGAUGCAGGGUCAGGAUCAGGGGAACAAGAAGAAGGGACUGAUUCUAAUCAAGAGACUGGUGAGGAUUCGAGUGGAGAAGAAGUGCCGUGAUUGUCACAGAGCAGUUACUCUCCUCCAUUGUCCAUAUCCCUUGGGAAUAUGGACAUUCGCGACGACUUCCCAGACUUGUCUGAUUUAUUUGCCCAAUUUAAUGUAAAUCAGCAACCUGAAGAGAACGGCGAACAUUUACAUAUUACUCCAAGACUUUAAAGGGAUGAUGAAUAUCUUGUGCCAAAAAUGUACUCAUUUCAUAUUAUUUUCCUAUUUCAAAUUGGAACAAUUAAGGAUGUCUUUAACGCUUCACUUCAAAGUACAAAAUUGCGGCGUGAUCCUUAUAUCGUGCAUACUUAAACUUGCUAUCAUUUUAAUUAUCAUCCACCGCCAUUAAUACGAAAACUAUGUAGCUACGUAUAUAUUUACAUACCACAAGGGUAUCAGGCAAAACCCUCCUUUUAAUUUGAACUGAUCAUCGGCAAAUAAUUUGCUGACUUGAUAAUAGAAAAUGAGCUGGUCACAAUUCCUGAAAUGAUGUCGAAACGAAUUCUGAUGUGAUGCAUGAAAUACCAACACAUAUUCUUAUUCUUAAAUAGAGUAGAAAAUGAAGAAUUAGGGAUAAAUACAUUGAAAUUCUCUGUGUUAUAUGUUAGGAAGGACGCUUAUGUUUUAGUCAUUAAAUUAUCAAAUGGAUUUUUUGUAUUCUAUUCUACACUAUUUCUUAAUUCUUAAUCUAAGAUUCUACAUUGUCACAUUAAAAUGAAUACCUUGUGCAUAGUUAUUCUUUUACUAAAAUUACUCUUUUACUUGCACAUGAAAUAAGAAGGUGUGUUUUUACGUAAUAUAUUUUUCUCAGUGUUUUUUUUUACAUUUUAUUUUGAGCUGUUUUCCAAUAUUUUAUUUGUGACAACCAAGUAUAGUGCUUAUUGUACACAAUUUUAAACGUUAUAUGAUUCCGGACUGUAGGUGGAUAUAAAUCUUAAUUUGAAAUAGGUUAAUGUAGUCCUCUGAAAAUCAGAGUAUAGCAACAUCAUUGUGUUAUUAUGUGAUGAGGCAUAUCUAUCUUGUAAAGCUAAUAAAAUUCUGCAGAACCUAUGUA